CUGCUGGCGGUGGGAGCCGCCGCCCGGCGGGAUGCCCGCCCCGGCGGGGAGCGGCGGGAUCGGGAUGGCCCCCGCCCGCUUUCCCCGCCUCCCCUGCCGCCGCGGGGUGUCCAGGAGCGGCCCCGGCCCCGCCGUCACUCGCUCUGUCGCCUCGCAGGUCUCCGGAGCGGACGGGGCGGGCGCUGCUCGGAGCCGGGCGGGCGGGCGGCAUGAAGCGCUCUCUGCUGCGGCUCUGCCGGUCGCGGGAGAAGGAGGCCGCCUCCAGCUCCUACCAGGGCGUCGCCUGCGAGGCGGACGCGGCCUCCGUCGCCUCGCAGGAUGUCUUCAAGGUUAUUUCAGAUGGAAGCGCCUGUAGGCUGCGGAGCUUCAUUAAGAAGAAUCGUUCUGGUCUUACAAAAGUAGAUGAAUUAAAUGCCACCCCACUGCAUCAUGCUGCAGAAGGAGGACAAAUAGAAUUAAUGCAGUUGAUCAUAGACGACUCUUCCUGUGAAGUAUUAAACGUGAUGGAUUCUUCUGGAAAUACCCCACUGCACUGGGCCACAAAGAAAAACCAGAUUGAAAGUGUUCGCUUGCUUCUCAGCAGAGGAGCCAAUCCCAACAUUCUCAACUCCAAUAUGAUGGCACCUUUGCAUAUGGCUGUUCAGUCCCUGCAUAAUGAAAUUGUGAAGAUUUUAGUCCAGCAUAGCAGUACAGAUGUUAAUUUGGAAGGUGAAGCAGGAAACACACCUAUAAUUGUAGCAUGUUACAAGGAUAAUCCUGAAGCACUGACACUCCUGAUUGAAAAUGGAGGGAAAAUAUGUAAACCAAACAAAACGGGAUGUAUGCCUAUCCAUGCAGCCGCAUUUUCAGGUGCAAAAACAUGUAUGGAAAUUCUUUUAAAAAAAGGUGAAGAAUUGGGUCACUCUGCUAAAACCCACAUCAAUUUUACCAAUAAUGGAAAGUGCAGUCCCCUUCAUUUGGCAGUUCAAAGUGGGGACCUCGACAUGAUUAAAAUGUGCAUUGAAUUUGGAGCCCAAAUCGAUCUAAAACAGAAUGAAAAAUGCACAGCACUUCAUUUUGCUGCCACUCAAGGAGCAACUGAGAUUGUAAAACUAAUGAUAUCAUCCUAUGCUGGUGAGGAAUCCAUUAUUGAUGCUGUGGAUGGGAAUAAGGAAACAUUGCUUCACAGGACAGCGUUGUUUGAUCAUUAUGAACUGGCAGAGUAUUUGAUUUCAAUGGGGGCUAAUAUUGAUAGCGUUGACAUAGAAGGUCGAUCCCCGCUUCUGUUGGCCACUUCCUGUGCCUCAUGGAAAAUUGUGAAUUUACUGCUCUCAAAAGGAGCAAACGUAUCAUUAAAAGAUCAUCUUGGUCGGAAUUUCUUGCAUUUGACAGUAUUGCAGCCUGGAGGAUUACAGCAUCUGAAUGAGAAAUAUCUGCAGAUGGAACAUAUCAAAAAUCUUGUAGUGGAUGAAGAUAAUGAAGGAUGCACUCCAUUGCAUUAUGCAUGCAGACAAGGUGUGGCCCUCUCUGUAAAUAAUUUACUCAGCCUCAACGUUUCCAUCUACUCUAAGAGCAGGGACAAGAAGUCGCCAUUACACUUUGCUGCCAGCUAUGGGCGCAUCAAUACAUGUCAACGACUUAUAAGAGAUAUGAAAGACACAAGACUUUUGAAUGAAGGUGAUAAGAAGGGAAUGACUCCCCUUCAUUUGGCAGCCCAGAAUGGUCAUGAGAAGGUAGUUCAGUUUCUUCUGAAGAGAGGGGCUCUUUUCCUCUGUGAUUAUAAAGGCUGGACAGCCCUGCACCAUGCUGCCUUCGGAGGAUACACUCGCACAAUGCAGAUCAUUUUGGAUACUAAUGUGAAGUGUACUGACAGAGUGGAUGAAGAAGGGAACACAGCUUUGCACCUGGCUGCACGAGAAGGACAUGCAAAAGCAGUAAGGUUACUUCUUGACUACGGUGCGAAAAUUCUGUUCAACAAAGCACUAGCUACUUUUUUCCAUGAAGCAAUACACAACAGGAGAAAAGAUGUAGUGUCUGCUGUCAUUUUGCACAAAAGGUGGGAAGAAGCUGUUGUGACAUUCUCUCACUAUUCCAGUGCCAAUAAGUGUCCUUUGCUGGAAAUGGUUGAGUAUCUUCCUGAUUCAUUUAAACUGGUGUUGGACAACUGCAUAAUUGAGUCUUCAGAGGAAAAGACAAGUCGAGACUUCUAUAUUGAAUACAACUUCAGAUAUCUUCAGUGUCCCUUGACACUUAACAAGAAACCAAAGGAUGAUGAAAAUAUUAUCUAUGAACCACUUAUCACUUUAAAUGCCAUGGUACGACACAACCGCAUGGAGCUACUCAGUCAUCCUGUGUGUAAAGAAUAUUUGCUUAUGAAAUGGAUGGCCUAUGGGUUUCGAGCACAUCUAAUGAAUUUAGGCGUAUAUUCUCUUGGUCUCAUCCCACUGACUCUUCUGGUCACUCACAUACAGCCAGGAAGACCUUUGAAUGGAACAGAGCUCUAUGAAGCAAGACCAUUAGAAUAUGAGGACUCAUACUUUACAAGGGUGUGUAUGUGUUUAGUUUUAAUUAUGAGUUUAUUGGGAAUCUGCAAAGAAAUAUUUCAACUGAUUCAGCAGAAAUUGAAAUAUUUGUUGGAUUACUCCAAUCUACUGGACUGGACAAUUUAUACUACAAGCAUAAUUUUUGUGUCUUCUUUAUUUAUUAAUACACCAGCUCAUUUACAGUGGGAAUGUGGAGCAAUUGCUGUAUACUUGUCUUGGAUGAACUUCUUGCUUUACCUUCAACGAUUUGAAAACUAUGGCAUCUAUGUUGUGAUGUUCUGGGAAAUUUUGAGGACUUUGAUUCGGAUAGCUGUGGUUUUCUUUUUCCUGAUAUUGGCCUUUGGACUGAGUUUCUUUGUCCUUUUGGGUUCACAGCAAACAUAUAGCACACCUCUGCUUUCUGUAAUGAAGACAUUUGCAAUGAUGCUGGGAGACAUUAAUUACCAUGAUGCUUUCCUGGAUCCUUUACUAAGCAGUGAAUUACCAUAUCCAUUCCUAAGUUACACAGUUCUCAUUAUAUUUACCUUGCUUAUUCCAAUCCUUCUUAUGAACUUGCUAAUUGGUUUGGCUGUUGGGGAUAUUGCUGAAGUACAAAAAUAUGCUGCACUCAAAAGGAUUGCAAUGCAGGUUAAUCUUCACACCAACUUAGAGAAGAAGCUACCAUUUUGGUUCUUAAGUCGGGUGGACCAGGAAUCAAUCACUGUAUAUCCCAACAGGCCAAGAUACUGUGGAUUUAUGAGUGUGUUCCAGUAUUGCUUUGGGUGUGAAGACUCUACCACAUACGCACAGAGCCCUGAUACAACAUUAGAACUGGAAGUUCUGAAACAGAAAUACAGGCUCAAAGAUAUAUCAACAUUGUUGGAAAAGCAACAUGACCUCAUUAAAUUGAUUAUCCAGAAAAUGGAAAUAGUGUCAGAAGCUGAGGAUGAAGACGGCAAUGAUUUAUUUCAGCACAAAUUUAGGAAAAGGCAGUUAGAGCACAAGAAUAGUAAAUGGGAUACAGUGUUAAAAGCUGUUAAAACAACUGUGCCUAACCCAAGCACAGAAAAAACCAACAGCUUCUUCUAGACAUAGCUGUGAAAUCAUGUAUUAUCAUUUUGUUUUACUUUAGGGUCACUUCUCUUAUUGUCUUUGCAUAAUGUUCAUGUGAUACAUCAUGUAUUCAAGUAUAAAAAAAGGCCAGAUCCAAAAAGAGGAUGCAGAUGCUCAAAACAUUAUUUAAGGAGACUGAAUAUGUCUACAUUCAAAACUGUGAUCCUAAAAGUGACUGCCUAAUCAGGAAAGUGCCUAACUCACCAGAUGCCAACCUUGCUGUCCUGACAGUUCCCAAGGCCUCUGUCUAGAUCUGAUCUUGGAUUUGGCUCUAGUACACUUAGGUCUGUAUGCAAUGACAUUAUUUUCUGUUACCAGUAUUUUCAGAAUUUCUAAAUUUUUAGAAAUUAGACUCUAGUUAUUUAGUUUUCAGAUGCUUUGAGAGAGCCAAUGGGCUUUAUGUAGCUUAAAGAAAAAGUACAAAACUAAUCUGAGAGAGGUUGGAAGUUUUGCUGAGUAGGGACUGCAGGAUCAGGCCUGAAAGGUAAGAAAUGAAAGAUCAUAAAGUUGUAAUGUAAGGGAAGAACUGUUUCCUUUUCUAGACAACUGUAUGCAAUUCUCAGAGGGAUCAUUUGUACUAGCAUGCAUAUAGCAAUGAUAGAAUGACUGUUUAAUAUUAGUCAUUUACAACUUGCUGUCCUUAUACUGCUAAUGUGAUUUUGGCCUUCCUGAUAACCUAAAAUUGACCUUGCAACCUUAAUCUGCACCUUGGUUUUACUAUUUAUUUACUGGAUAUGCAGUGCAUUAUGUAAUAUACAGUAAUAUAUCAAAUUUAGAAAUAAAUAUGAAUUAAACUGUGUUUAAGUACAUGACUACAUUUGUUUCAAAACCAGUGCUAAUAAAUUAAUUAUGACUAUA